CUCUGAUUAAUUGCCUUGAUGAAUUUUUGUCUAUUAGAAUUACUUCUUGUUGUGUUCUGUUCAUAUGUUGGCCAUUCCAGUCAAUGCUCGCACUAGCAGCAUGAUGCACAUCAGACUUGCAGUCAGAAUUUUGACCACCAUUUUUAGCUAUUUUGGGGAUCACUUCACUUUUAUACAAGUACAACAAGAAUAACGCGUAGCAAGGAAACAAAAUUGAAAAAGGAAAGCCUCGAAAACGUCUUAUAAGACUUGGCAGUCUCUAAGCUUUUGCUAGAAAAAGUCAUUAUUAUCGUUGACACAAUAAAUAAAGUAGGGAAUAAUGCUCGAGGAUGUUUUAUGGUUGAUGUCAGUGAGAGCAGGCAUUAAUUUGUUAGUACGUUAUAUCAGAUUUAAGCUUUCCUGCUCAAAUAGAUGGCUAAAUAUUUGGGUUACUUGCUACCUGACAUGAGUAGACUCUCAAGAAGCCUCAUUCAACUCAACCUGAGUCCUGCUAGAUCGACUUUAUCAGUUCUCAUACUUGUUUAUGUUGUUGAUUUUACCUAACCAGUUUACUGCUUAAUGUGAUUGACUUGCAUUGAUUUGGAAGUUGGUAUAAGUUGUGUAUCUAAAGUUUCAUUGAAUAAACUAGUCUAGUUGAAAGCAGUAGGUAAUAUGGCUAAUGGCUUGAUACACUCAUGAAUCUAUUAGCUGAAUGCCAUCCAUCUUCCAUCCUUUUUGAGCAUGAUCGACUUGCAUACCGGAUCGUCACACAUCCAUUAUUUUGGGAGUGAGUUAGGUUUGGAGUUCCUGCUGUUGUACUCUUAUCCAUUUUUUAAGGCUUUGUUUAGUUGGUAAGUUCUGAUUGAGAUUUGAGAUCACUCUUUUUUCUCCCUCUUUCUUGAUGUUGAUCAUUUGGUCUGCAUGACUUUGUUUGUGCCUUAGUAUAUUAAUCUAUGCAUGUAAGAAUUACAAAGUCGUAUAUGCAAUUUUUUUAUGCUCUUGCUCACCAGAAUGUUUGCACUAUUAUAGAGGAUAUAAUGAGGUAUAUUGUUCAUGAAUUUCACAUGGGCCACUUGUGUAUAUUUUCUGUAUGCUAGCUUCUUUAGUCCUUCAAAAUGCACUCUUUAUGGAGGUUUGUGUGGACAAAAUUCAUCUAGUAUUCAUCUUCUUUCUUAUCCUCCCGUGGUUGGAAAACUCCAUUGGCCCAUAUUACGUGGUUUGGUCAUCUCCAAUGUAGAUCCUUUGAAUGCAGCAACACCAACUAGAAGAGUGGCUUGUAACAACAAGAGGUCGUUAGGAGAGAUGGAGGUCAACCAAGAUUGUCACGAAGGAAAGUAGCGAAGAGUGAUAUUCGUGAAUGGAAUGUGGCAAGGAUUUGACCCUGGAUGGGUGGAAGGAUGCCAUCCAUGUCUUGGAACCUAGGUGUUCUCAACUUGUGGGGAAAUCAUGGACAUGCGAUUGAUAAAGGAUCAAAAAGGCAACCUAAAGGGGUUUGGCUUUGUACGCUUUGCAACAAAACAGGCUGCUGACAAAGCUUUGAAGGAGUUAUCUGGAUCUAUGCUAGAAGGGAAAAAGAUUGGUGUUCUCCCAUCAGCUGCACAGGAUACAUUAUUUUUGGGGAACCUUAACAAAGGGUGGAGUGCUGAUGAUUUUAACAAGAUUGUCCGGCAGGUUUUUCCGGAUGUUGUUUCCAUUGAUCUUGCGUUGCCCCAAGGUGGUAGUGAGACUGCUUCUGGCAAAAAAAUUAAGAAUCGCGGUUUUGGUUUCGUAAAGUUCUCAUCUCAUGCUACUGCAGCACGUGCAUUUAGGGCUGGUUCGAAGCCAGAUUUUGUUCUUGGUGGUGCUUUGCACCCAUCAGUUCAGUGGGCUGAGGAGGAUACUGAAGCUAAUCCUGAUGAAAUUGCUAAGGUGAAAAUAGCAUUUAUUAGAAACCUACCCUCAAGUACUGAUGAAAGCUUCUUGAAGAAACUCUUUGUGCCCUUCGGGAAGGUAGAGAAAGUGGUGGUGUCCAGCAAGGGCGAUUCUUCAGUUGGAUUUGUCCAUUUUGCUCAACGAUCACACCUUGAUAAUGCCAUAGAGGAACUAAAUGAAAAAAUUGUCCAAGGGCCAAAGGGCAGUCCAUCAUUUAAGCUACAGGUCGAAGUUGCAAGGCCCAUGGAAAAGAAAAGGAAAAGGGUUUAUGAAGAUCCUCAAAGCACUCAGCCCCGUGAGAUUUCAAGUAAAUCGAAACCUCGAAGUUAUGAGCCAGUCUUGAAUUCCUUUGAUGGGCAUGAAGAGACACUUCAAAAGGAACCUUUUGUUGCUGAUCCCUAUGAAGCUGCUGUUCUACUAUUACCAGUGGCUGUCAGAGAGCGGCUACUUCGAAUUUUGCGGCUUGGUAUUGCUACGCGAUAUGAUAUUGAAGUUGAAUCCUUAUCUAAGCUAGCGGAACUACCUGAAUCUACGGCCAUAUCAAUCCUUGAUCAGUUCAUGUUAUCGGGAGCAGAGAAGCAUGACAAGGUAGCAUAUCUUGCGGCACUAAUUUCUAGGUACCAGGUGGAGAAACUCGGAAUGGAUCAACAACUACCCUCGAGUUUGUUGAGAUUAGGGGACACUAAUACUAGGGAGUCAGUGGGCCUCUCUGCUCGGGUGCAUCUUCCAGCCAUUGAUUCUCUUGGCAUGCAUGUUGACCCAAGUGUGUCGUGGUCUGAAAGCUAUGCAUCUCGUUAUUCUUCUUUAUAUUCAGAUCAUCAUCGUCUACCAACCAGCCGUGCAGGUGUUGUAAGAACGGAAGAAAGGAGUCCUUUAAGCUUGCUGGAAUUUCCGGGUUCUUCUACCACUGCUUCUUACAGUCGGUAUUUAGUAAAUUCGCACAUUCCACCAGCUUAUGCAAACAUGGAGGAGAUGAGUCCAAUCCCGUCCCACCGAAUCCCCGGUUCGUCUUCAACACCUUACUCAAAAAUUGCAAAUGAUCCUUACCGAACACCUGGCCCUUCUUUAGCUUAUGCAAAAGGUGGUGCAGAUCCUCCUCACGUUGCAGCGUCCAGUGAUCGUCAACCUACUCGGCCCCAAAUGAGAUUCGACCCAUUUACUGGUCAACCUUACAAGUUUGACCCUUUUACCGGUGAACCCAUUGUUCCGGAAGGGCGCCGUUAGGGAUUUCUGUCUUCCUGUACUAAUCAUGAGACAUUCUUUCUCUAAUGUUAUCUGGCUAAACCAAGUGUCAGAUGUCAGUUGCUGCAGUUGAUGUUAAAUUAUAAGAGAUGUCUGUGAGUGUUAAAAACACCCAGAAUCCAUGUACAUUAAUGGAUUAAUUUACAUUUCCUGCAAC